CAGUCACAUGACAAAAACUCGCUACGUAGUAUCACGUCGUGCAACUUCUGUUCCUAUCUUCUUUGGUAACUAUUGGCAAAGUAAAAGUACAAUUAUUAAUAGAGCUAACAUUACAAAAAUAAUGUAAGUCCGUCGAAACAACACUUUAUUUUAAGCCCUGCUAUGCUAGCGUAAUGCCAACCGUGCAGUACCCAACGCCACCUAACGUUGGUGUGUGCCGUUUCCUGGGACGGAUGGCUGCUCAUUAACAAUUGUCCUCAGGGGUUUGUUCCGCUCCGUGACGCUGGAACCCGUGUCCGGUUCACCGCAGCUCUCCCCCGGCUGACCUGCGCGUGAGUCGCGAUGGCUCCACUCAAGUUCUGUGCCAAUAUCUCAUGGCUGUUCACGGAGCUGCCGGACUUCAGCCAGAGGAUGUACGCGGCCGCCUCUGCGGGCUUCCGGGCAGUGGAGGCCGCCUGGCUCUACGACUCCGACCUGCAGGACCUCCAGAGAGCCAGAGAGGCCACGGGGGUGGAGGUGAUUCUCAUCAACAGCCCGCCGGGAAAUAUCAAACGAGGUGAUCUGGGUCUUGGUGCAGUUCCUGGAAGAGAGGCAGAGUUCAGACAAGGUCUGGAUGUGGCUUUGAAGUAUGCAAGAGCUCUGGACUGCAAGAGGAUCCACCUCAUGGCAGGGAGGGUUCCCGAUGGCUCAAACAGAACAACAGUUGCCAAGGAGAUGGAGGCCAUCUUUGUACAAAACCUAAACUAUGCUGCUGAUAUCUUCUCAAAGGAAGGAAUCACUGGUUUGAUCGAGCCAAUCAACACAAGGAUAACAGAUCCCAGCUACUUCCUGGACUCUCCUCAUCAGGCUGCUGCAAUACUGGAGAAGGUCGGAAAGCCAAACAUCAAACUGCAAAUGGAUGUCUUCCACUGGCAGAUAAUGGACGGAAACCUGACGCAGAACAUACAUAAGUAUUUACCCAUAGUUGGUCAUGUUCAGAUUGCUCAGGUUCCUGGCAGGAACGAGCCCGACAGCGCUGGAGAGCUGGACUACAGGUACCUUUUGACCACGCUGGAGAAGCUCCAGUACCAAGGGUACAUUGGCUGUGAAUACAAGCCUCUAGGCUCCACCAACGAGGGUCUGGGUUGGAUCAAAGACUACAGCAAACCCAGCCAGUGAUACGCAAUCACACCACUAAGUAUUCAAUAUACUUAUAAUAUCCUGUGUAUUUUACUGUCUACAUGAAAGUUUUCCAUCUGCAUUUCAAUGUGAAAAAUAAAGUUAAUUACACUAAAAGACAAUUAAUCAUCUUAAACUCAGCUCAUGUCAGUUUUACUGACAUGAGCAUAAGUUUACUGAAGUCUGAGGAUAUAACGCAAAACUAGGGGGUCACGUUAUGAAAAGUACAUAUCCCCUUUUUGGUUUUUCAAAUAUGCAAUUAUAUUUAGUUGGCUAGCUCAUGAACAGAUAAAUUGAUCUAAUGGUGCCAGCCAUCUAUACAGGGAUAAAAAAUAUUUCACACAAACAGGUUUCCACAAUAUUCCUAAAACUCAGCAGUUCGUAGCGUCAUAGCGGAGUCCUCUCACCUAGUUCCUAUCGCAUGCAUUUAAAGCCUAUAUCAUUUCAGUGGUUCACGUCUUCAUUUCCAUCCAGCAAAUGCUUGUCAUUUAUCCUGAAUAAAGACAGGGACUCUGCCAUCAUCA